UGUUUUCCCGUAUCCGCCAUUUCAGUUUUUGAAGUUAGUUGUCAUCGGUCGCUGGAUUGUAGCAGGAAUUCUGUCGCUAAAAACCCCUUAUAUGAUAAAUAGGGCUCACUUCCGGUCAUAAACCCAAUAAGAGUUGUUUUUAUUUGGUGCUCGCGGUUCUAUAUCGGAAAAUUGAUGUCCAGACGGCCAGCUGCGGAGGUCGCCUGUUUACUAAACGUGCUCUAGGCGCUAAAGUUUUUGUAUGAGUUGAAGGCUCUGCUUGUGGAUAACGGGAGGGAGAGAAGGGAAGGCCCGGGUGAAGCCUCGGCUUUGGAGUGGUGAUCAUGGCCGGAAAUUUUGACGCGGAGGACCGUGGCAGCUGGUACUGGGGUCGGUUGAGCAGGCAGGAGGCUGUGUCUCUGCUGCAGGGGCAGCGGCACGGCGUGUUUCUAGUCCGGGACUCCAUCACCAGCCCCGGGGACUACGUGCUCUCCGUAUCAGAGAACUCCAAAGUCUCGCAUUACAUAAUUAACAGCAUCAGCAACAACCGACAAUCCGGUCCAGGUUUGGCCCAUCCGAGGUUCCGUAUUGGCGACCAGGAGUUUGAUGCUCUCCCUGCUUUGCUAGAGUUCUAUAAAAUCCACUACUUGGACACCACCACUUUAAUAGAACCCAUCAACAAGUCUAAACACACCUCAUUCAUCAGCAUCGGUCCCGGUGGCCCCCCGCCGCGCCUGGAAGACGAGUAUGUCCGAGCACUUUUUGAUUUCCCCGGCAAUGACGAGGAGGAUCUCCCGUUUAGGAAGGGCGAUAUUCUCAGAGUUCUGGAGAAGCCGGAGGAGCAAUGGUGGAAUGCCCAGAACUCUGAAGGCCGGGCGGGGAUGAUCCCAGUGCCCUACGUGGAGAAGUACCGACCAGCGUCUCCAAGUUCGGUGGCGGGGCCCGGCGUUCCUGGUGGACCGCCGGGAGGAAUGGGGAUGCUAGGGAACUCUGACGGCUCUGCAGCCCAGUCUGGCGCUCCUCUGCUGGGAGACCCAAGCCAGUAUGCCCAGCCCACCCCUCUCCCAAACCUCCAGAAUGGACCAGUCUAUGCCAGGGCCAUACAGAAGAGGGUGCCCAACGCCUACGACAAGACUGCCCUGGCCUUAGAGGUGGGCGAUAUGGUGAAGGUGACUAAAAUAAACGUGAACGGCCAGUGGGAGGGUGAAUGUAAAGGCAAACGGGGCCACUUUCCCUUCACACACGUCAAACUGCUGGACCAGCACAACGCCGAGGAUGAACUCAGCUGAGAGCGGACAGCCGUGCCGCAACCUGGACACUAGUAUUAGACCCUUCCUCACCCUCCCCCUCCCCCCCUGCCUCCCUGCCUUCCCAUUCCACACGUUCACCUGCUCCCCCUUUCCUCACAUCGGCUCCAGCUUUUACCUGCACCAAGUACAGUUUCAGAGAAUCACUGAGAACAAAACAAGCAACCAAACUGUGGUCGGACCCUCGUAACGCACACACCCUCCCUCUCUGCCCCUCUGAAUAAUCAUACCCGCCCUUCUUCACCACCUGCUCUGACCGACUGACUGACUUCAGAGUGGGUCAUAUACUACUAUACAGUGGAACUGUAAAGUGAAUAAUCUCCUGUUCUGUGGAUGUGGCAACACCCUUUAGAUCCUCCUGUUGGCGGACACGUUAUCAACACUCGCUCCUCGGGAGACUCCUCAGACGCACAGUUGAACCACUUCCUCUUCCUGUGUUGGAGCCAGUAGAUAACUGCUCAGCACUCGUCCUCUUCUUCUUCAUCCGUCACCAUGUAGGAUCACUCAUGCUGCAUUCAUGUCAGAUGGGAAUACAGUAACAAGUUGAAGGGUAACAACACAGAUUUCAUGUGUUCUGUCUUGUUUCUGUGCCAUAAUGGAUUUUUUUUUUUUUUGUACACACUUUGUUAAAAUCAGAAGUUUUUACAUUUUUAGACUUUUUGUUGUUGUGAAGCUUUAGACUGAUGCUGCUCUGUGUCUGAAUGGUAGAUGUGAAGAAUAUCUCAGCAUAAAGACUGGAAGCAGGGAGAAACUGCUCGCCUAGCUGGGUGCACGUUAUAAAAUUCCCUUACACGUAGGGCUGCAACUAACAAUUAUUUUCAUUAUGGAUUAAUCUGUCGAUUAUUUAAACCAUUAAUCGAUUAGUUGUUUGGUCAAUAAAAUGUAUAAAAAUAUCAAUCAGCGUUUCCCAAACCACAAGAUGACGUCCUCAAAUCUCUUGUUUUGUCCACAAACCAAAGAGAUAUUCAGUUUAUUGUCAUAAAGGAACAAAGAAACCAGAAAUAUUCACAUUGAAGAAGCUGAAAUCAGAGAAUUUGGACUUACUGUCUUUAAAAAAUUUGCUCAAACCAAUUAUUCGAUUAUCAAAAAUAGUCGACAAUUAAUUUAAUAAUGGAUUAUUGUUCGAUGAAUCGAAUAAUUGUUGCAGCUCUACUUACAUGCACCUCUUAACCUCACAAAUGAACAGACCAGUGUGUAGGAUUUAUGGGUAUUUAUGAACAUUAAUGGGAUAUAAUAUUCAUAACUUUGUUUACACUCACCGGCCACUUUAGUAGCUAGCUAGGUGUAACUUAUAAAGUGGCACCUGGUGUGGUCUUCUGCUGCUUUAGCCCAUCUGCUUCAAGGUUGUGACGUCCUGAAAAAGGAAUGCUCGACAGGGUUACCUUCACUACAUUUGCCAUUUUACUGUCAUUAUAAAUGGUCUGUUAUCUAUCAGCAUUUUGCUGCAUGAACUAAAAGUAGCCAUUGUCCAAGCUGUGCAUGCAGUUAUGCAGGAGAGCUUCAACCACGGUACAAAGAGACGUGUGCUUGUGGCAGAUAUUCUUGAGCUGAGCAAAUGCAAAAUUGAGAAAAUCUGGUAAAUAUCUAUUCCAUUUUUAGGUUGAGUUGUUCCAGACAGCAGCAGCAGCAGAAUUGCUUAGAGUUGGUAGUGUUCAGAAUGAAUCAGAAAGAUCUUUAUUGUCAUUUUACGCUGUACAAUGACAUUGUGGAUGGCCUCUCUCCAUGCAUUUAGAAAAAGAAUAUAUAAAUUACAUAUAUAAACAUAAAAACAGACUUGACACUAAUUCAACACAAUCAUUUAUCGUCUUUCAUCGGCAUCAUAUUAUGAAAACCUAUAUCGAGAUAGUGAUACACAUUUACAUUGUCUAAUUUGAUAACGAGCACUAGCACACAUAUGACAAUAAAUAUCACCUAAACAAUAUAAAAGUAUGCUUUUUGCAUAUAUUCUUCUAUAUUCGCAAAUGCGAAAUUGAGAAAAUCUGGGAAAUAUCUAUUCCAUUUUUAGGUCGAGUUGUUCUACAGUAACACCAAGCCACUGGUCGUCAUGUUGGAAAGCAGAAAUACUAUAACUUUACAUAAAUGGCUCACUUGAUGCUUCUUUAGUCUGCAGAAUACAUGUUGUGAUGGUUGUGUGUGUAAAUCCCAGGUGAUCAGCAGUUUGUGAAAUACUCACACCAACAACCAUGCCACGUUCAAAGUCCCUUAAAUCACCUUUCUUCCUCAUUCUGAUGCUGCUUUGAACUUCAGCAGCUCGUCUUCACCAGGUCUACAUGUCUGAAUGUGUUGAGUUGCUGCCAUGUGAUUGGCUCAUUAGAUAUUUAACCCAUUGACGCCUAAAACGCCUGUAAAACCUCUGGGCGAUUUUAAAAUCACCCCCUAAAACCUGAAGUUUUUCUGGAAAUUCAACAGAAGUGUCAACGCUUCUACUAAAUAAUAGAUUUUUCAGCCUCUGUAGCAGAUAGAAAUGAAAUUCAAAACGUAUUUGAGAGCUUAUACAAAUACUACAAAACGACGUAUCCGCUUUCCAGGCUUCAAUGAGUUAACAGGUGUACCUAAUACAGUGGCCGGUGAGCGUAGUUACAAUUUAAUGGAACCUGGUUAGCUCUUUCCCAUUACUUCCAGGCUUUCUGCUAAGCUAAGCUGUCGCCUACUAUUAUAUUUACUACAUGAACAUUUAAGUUGCAUAGACCAUCUCAUCUAACACAGCAAGAAAGGGAAUCUGUGUAUUUCCAGACUAUCCUUUUGAAUGCUGAUCUGCCUGUUUCACACUGACAAAGCAUGUAGCGAGGGAUGAAUUUGAGCACAAACUUGCAACAUCAGCCACAAACGCUACAGUUAAUCGCUCCAGCCUGCAACGGCAGCGAUAUUUUACUACUCUCUACAUGUGCGCUCCAUUUGUCCAAACUCUUCUUAAAGUUGUCUUCAUGGAGUCCAGACUAAUAUAUAUAAUCCUAAAAUAUUGUUGGUUGGGAUUUGAAGGAGAACAUUUACAUCUUUGGCGGUGUUUACCAUCUUACCUACAUUGACCAUAAAGGUAUCUUCUAGUUUAACCCAUUGAGGCCUGAAACCCCUGUAAAACCUCUGGGCGAUUUUAAAAUCAGCCCCUAAAACCUGAAGUUUUUCUGGAAAUUCAACAGAAGUGUCAAAGCUUCUACUAAAUAAUAGAUUUUUCAGCCUCUGUAGCAGGUAGAAAUGAAUUUCAAAAAGUAUUUGACAGCUUAUACAAAUACUACAAAACGACGUAUCCGCUUUCCAGGCUUCAAUGGGUUAAAAGUUUUGCAUGUUCAUUGUUCUUAUUGGAUAUGAAUGCAGCAUUAUUUUACGGUAACCCCAAAACAGGCAGCGAUGAGGCUCAAAUACAACCGCAGCAUUUCAUCACUGGGAAGAUUAAAUAGAGGAUUAUUGUGAUAAGUCAACUGAAAGGUGUACAGUUCUCUUCAAGGAGCAGACCAAGGACCCCCCCCCCCCCCCCCCCCCCGCCCCCCCAUACCAAAUAUCAAAUGGAGAACACAAAACUGAGUUGAGACCAGCAGCUAAGAGCAACUUCAUGUAGUAAUCUGAACCUGAGACACUUCAAGACUGUUGUUGAGACGGAGAUGAAGGCGACACUACACUCAACCUCUCCACACCUCCACCUCGGCUCACCUCAGCCCCACCCACCCAUCCACCCACGACCAAGUAGUCUUUUGUAAGAAAAAAAAAGAACAUAUUGUUAUGAAAUGAUGUACUAUGUGAUUAUCAUUACAUGCUAAAAUAUUUUUGUUUUUUGUUAUCUUUGUAGUUUUCUUCAUAGCUGAUUCUUUUUGUUGUUUUUUUGUUUUUUUUUGUCCGGGAGGAUUUCGAUGUACACUUUUUACUGCUGCAUGUCGGGGAGGGAGGAGCCACGGUGCAAAAUGGAUAAACUGACUGGAGGAGGGGCCACAUCUGUUGCCCCCCCCCCCCCCCCCCCCCACAAGGCCACAUGUGUUCUCAUUCUGUGUCUUAUGUUCAUGGAUGAAGUGAAUGUAGGCUGUCCACCAUGUUAGAUAGUACUGUCUUCUCAUAUUAGUGCUCUGCAUUCAGCUCACUGAAUAUACAUUAGAAUAACACACUGCUCUCUGUUCACAUCUUGUCAAAUAUGUCCAAGAAAGUGGUAUUUUAUUUGAUACCUGCCCUUUUUGUUUUUAACCUUUUUAAUAAUCUUAUUGCCACCUUGCACCGUUUUGUUCUUCUAAUCCUGUGUCAGUUUCCAUCCUCUGCCACUCUUUUAUUUAAAGCCUUUUUUCCAUUUAUGAUGCACAGCCCGACGUGGAGUUUUUAUGUCGCCCUUUUUAACCUUCUGUCAAUAUCUAAUACGCCAAGAGAUCAGGCAAAUGGAGCUGAAAAUCCUGUUGUAGUCAAGAUUGCCUUUUCCCCCUCCAGAGGUGGUUUUCUGUUGAGAUAUAAUCAAUCUAUUUUUUGACAUCUGACAAUCAUCACCCUCGUGUAUCAAAGUGCAGACUGGUUUGGAUCUAAGCAGACUGGGUGUGUAGUUUUUAGACCUUCACCACAGUGGAACCACUUUUGAAUUUGAUCUGUGGGAACUGGCUGUCUCUUCCUCUCAGAUGUCAUGUGGAACAAUAUUUCUGGCCAGCACCACCAUGUCACCUUUAGGUGGCACUGUAAGAGCAUUCAGAGAGAUGGAGGGGCCUUCUGAAAGGAAAUCCUGCCAGUGCUUAUGAGAUUAAAGGAGAUGAAAUUUGGUUUUUAACAGUAUGCACUUACAGCUUUUACACUGCAUUAUAUGCUCUCCGUUUAAUUUCUUGAUUGCUCCCACACAUUAGUUUCUGUGAUCUUUUAUAGCUUUACCUGACGACCUCUGUCCCGCUUUCUCGUUUCCCUUUCAACUUGGCCAUCUUCCAAAUGUAAUAAAAUUUACUAUUUAAGAAUAUUUGGUUGACUUCUUGGAAAAUCUGGCCAAGCAAAGGAACA